UACAGUUAUAGGGAGUCACGGGGAGUAGAGGCACCGGAAGGCUGAGAAGCAGCAGCCGGGAACCAUGGCGGCGGUGGUGGCGGCGGCGGCAGUGCGGGCUCGGAUCCUGCAGGUUUCUUCCAAGGUGAACUCCACUUGGUGUCCAGCAUCCUUCUUCUCCUCUUCUUCAGUGCCAACUGUAAAGCUCUUCAUUGAUGGGAAAUUUGUUGAAUCCAAAAGUGACAAAUGGAUCGACAUCCACAACCCAGCCACCAAUGAGGUCAUUGGUCGGGUCCCUCAGGCCACCAAGGCUGAAAUGGAUGCAGCCGUUGCUUCCUGCAAGCGUGCUUUUCCCGCUUGGGCAGACACUUCAGUAUUAAGCCGUCAGCAGGUCCUGCUUCGCUAUCAACAACUUAUUAAAGAAAACUUGAAAGAAAUUGCCAGGUUAAUCACGCUGGAACAAGGGAAGACCCUAGCAGAUGCUGAAGGAGAUGUAUUUCGAGGCCUUCAGGUGGUUGAGCAUGCCUGUAGUGUGACAUCCCUCAUGCUGGGAGAGACCAUGCCAUCCAUCACCAAAGACAUGGACCUUUAUUCCUACCGUCUGCCUCUGGGGGUGUGUGCAGGCAUUGCUCCAUUCAAUUUUCCUGCUAUGAUCCCCCUUUGGAUGUUUCCCAUGGCCAUGGUAUGUGGAAAUACCUUCCUAAUGAAACCAUCAGAGCGAGUCCCUGGAGCAACUAUGCUUCUUGCUAAAUUGCUCCAGGACUCUGGUGCCCCUGAUGGAACACUGAACAUCAUCCAUGGACAACAUGAAGCUGUAAACUUUAUUUGUGACCAUCCGGAUAUCAGAGCAAUCAGCUUUGUGGGAUCCAACCAGGCAGGAGAGUACAUCUUUGAGAGAGGGUCAAGACAUGGCAAGAGAGUUCAAGCCAAUAUGGGAGCCAAGAACCAUGGGGUAGUCAUGCCAGAUGCCAAUAAGGAAAACACCCUGAACCAGCUGGUUGGGGCAGCAUUUGGAGCUGCUGGUCAGCGCUGCAUGGCUCUUUCAACAGCCAUCCUUGUGGGAGAAGCUAAGAAGUGGCUGCCAGAGCUGGUGGAGCGUGCCAAAAACUUGAGAGUCAAUGCAGGAGACCAGCCUGGAGCAGAUCUUGGCCCUCUGAUAACCCCCCAGGCCAAAGAGCGAGUCUGUAAUCUGAUUGAUAGUGGAACGAAAGAGGGAGCCUCCAUCCUUCUUGAUGGGCGAAACAUUAAAGUCAAAGGCUAUGAAAAUGGCAACUUUGUUGGACCAACUAUCAUCUCAAAUGUCAAGCCAAACAUGACCUGUUACAAAGAGGAGAUUUUUGGUCCAGUUCUUGUGGUUCUGGAGACAGACACUUUGGAUGAAGCCAUCAAGAUUGUAAAUGAUAAUCCCUAUGGAAAUGGAACUGCCAUCUUCACCACCAAUGGAGCCACUGCUCGGAAAUAUUCCCACUUGGUGGAUGUCGGACAGGUGGGUGUGAAUGUCCCCAUUCCAGUGCCUUUACCAAUGUUCUCAUUCACUGGCUCUCGAUCUUCCUUCAGGGGAGAUACCAAUUUCUAUGGCAAACAGGGCGUCUACUUCUACACUCAGCUAAAGACCGUUACUUCUCAGUGGAAAGAAGAAGAUGCUACUCUUUCUUCACCUGCUGUAGUCAUGCCUACCAUGGGCCGUUAGAAAUGAGUUUGUCCAGACUCAGUCCAUCCUUAGGAAUCUGUUAUUCUUGACCGCCUUCAUUUUCCAACUUUGCUCAGAUCAGAAUCCUGGGAAUGGAAUACCUUGUAACUAAAAUCUUUCUCAGGACCAUUAGCCCCUGCAAAGUUGCUAUAGGGAGACUCCUGGCAUAACUCAGAAACCAUGUUUUCACUUACUCUUCAUACUUCUCUUUCUUAGGUAACUGUUGUUAACUGUGAAAUGCUUAUCUGGAAUGAGAGCUUAGACCUGGUUUCUAAAAAUUCUCCUCUUUUGUGAUGACUUGACAGGAAGAUUAGUGUUUGUAAAGAAGAUCUUCCAUAAGUGGAAGAGGACCUCUUGGAGGGGGAAGUAGGAUAGAAAUAAUUCACCCUUUGGUUGGCCCUCAAACACAGCCCUGUGCCAGUGGGGGAAACUCCUGUGAGCCUCUCAUCCUACACUACCCAAGAUACAGUCCGUUUGUACUUAUCCCACAGUUGUGACAACUGCUUCUUUUUGCUGAAUGCCACUUUGUCCUAGUGAUUCAUGACCACUAAAUUCUGUCAUUGUCCCUGUUCCUGCUUUUUAAGAUCAUUUCUCAAGGAUACCUCAGUAUGCAUUGGAUAAAUCGACUUUUCGUUGUGUGUGCCAAGUGUUAAAUUUCAGGGUUUGCUUAUUAACUAAUGCUUCAUCCAUUAACUCAGAUGCCAAUAGGUUUUCUUCUUUUUUUUUUUUUUUUUAAGAAAAUCAUUUCAAAAGUUAUUUUAGGCCCAGAAAUUAAGGGGUGUUUGCCUUAAGCAAAUCUAACCUGAUAGUCCUUGCCGAAUGUUUUAUGUUGCUUUUUCCUCUUGCCUGCAUUUCUCAUGAAUGAUAACUUUUUAGUAAAGGAACACUUAAUGUAGAAUAACUGACUAGGGUCUAAGAAAUUUUAAAGCUUUUCAUGACUUAAAGUGGUAAAGAAAUGUUUUGACAGAUUCUCUUGCUACCGUUAUUCAACUAUCUUUAUGCUCUUUGUUUUGAUGUAGCUAAACUUCAAGUUGAAUAAGAUAUUGAUGUGCUCAACAGAAUAGUUUCUUUUUGCUGUACAUCCCAAUUGAACCUUGUCUUUCUGAUACAGUUCUCUUCCAGUGAACUAGGAGAAAGCUUCUGGUUCUGAGAGAAUAAGUAAUCUCUGGUCUUCAGCCAGAUGACAUAGGUCAUUUAUUUUCCUGCUUCUCUGCUAGUCAUGUGGAUAAUGCUAACCUCUACUCCAUGGGAGUUACUUGGUGAGUUAAGGAUAGGGAAAACCUUGAAAAUGUUUGUGCACUGUUUGUAUUUUAGGCUUAUUACUACCACCUACUGGAUAGAAUGUAAAAAUCUUCAAUUAAUGCAGUGAUUUUCAACCUUUUUCAUCUCAUGCCACACAUAAACUAAAUAUUAAAAUUUUACAGCAUGCCAAAAAUAUAUUUGUUACUCAUCUGACAAAGAAUAGGUAUAAUUUUACUUGAUUUACAAAAAAAUAUUAAUAAUAGUAAUUAUGUCGCCUUUUUUUGCUCCAAAGUGACUUUAUUUUUUAACAAGUCAGGUGCCUAUACUUGUAUAUAAGGAUUUCUGGUACCAAGAAUUAACCAAUCAGACACCACCUUAUUAUGCACUGUGACCAAUAAAAUGCAACUCUACUAUAUGACUUAAAUAUUAAUGGUUUAAGACAGGGUACUCAUACCAGAUGGCUAUUGUAUUGUCUGUUGUCACUCUUUUAUUUGAUAGUCUAAGGGAAAAGAGUUCAGUCAGUGCUCCUAAAUAGUCAGGUAUCGGAUGUUUUAAAGAUUCUUGUAGCACACCAGCUGAAAAUCACUGACUUAAGGUGACUAGAACUUUAAUAAAAUACAUUUAUGACCCUACUGGGUCUUCCUGUUUUGUUUUGUUUUGUUUUAGAUUUGCCUUCCUAAAGGCGAGGCAGUAGGAAUUUAUGGAAUGCCCCUUAUUUUAUCUCUUAUCACUGCUGGCAACUAGUAGUAAUAUUUAAUCCAAUCCAACAACUACAGUCUGGGUUGAAUAAAAGAUCAUAUUUUCUGAAUUCCAAGUGGCAUUAAGUCACAGAAACUCCUAAAUUUUCCUUACAUUUAAGGGAAAUCACUUUUUUAAAAAAAUACUAACUAAUCAGAAUCAUGUUGCUCUAAUUGGACUCAGUUCAUUUGGCUAGCUACUUGCUACUCAGAAGUUUCUUGUUUCUUAGGUGGAAAAAAAAUCUAUACAGUUAUGUUUAUGCUAGUAGCAGCUUUAAAAAAAUCAGUAUUUUGCUUUCUUUUCGCUCAAUGUGGCCUCAUUUGAAAUUUUUCUGAUUCUACAUUGUACUGAUUAUGAAUAACAAGUUACAAAUAAAAAGUUCUUAAAAA